GAGACGCACGCAUUGUUACGUGCGAUAAAUAAGGACAAAGCAUUGCAGCGCGUAGUUUUCAAAGCCACUUCGUCUCGUUUACGCAAGGUUAUCGUUAACAUUUUAUUUGAGAAUGUGUUCAAAUUGUGCUUUCCAAAAAUGAAGACGUGUUUUUUGUGUCUCAAAAGUGGAAAAUUAACCGACUUUAAUAGUAAAUCGUUUAAAAAAUGUACGUUUAUGUCGUUGUUACGUAAAAAUAAAAACUAUAAAUACAGCGACAUAACCUUCAAUGGUGAUAUUAUAAAAGCACAUGGAUAUCAUUUACCAUGUUACAAGAAAUUCACCGUCUUAAAACAAAAGGAUAAAAAUGAAUACGAAAAUUAUUGCCAAAUGCAAAAAGAGGCACCAUCAGCAUCGUCUUCAGUCAAAUCCGAGGAGUUAUCUGAUGAAGGAGCAACAAAUGAAUCGUUGAUGGAAGAGGAAGAAAUUGUUCCACCAGCACAAUCUGUGCUUCCUAAGGAGAAAAAAUUGCCAUGCAUUUUUUGUGGAGCUAUAGAAAAGAAAAGUAGAAAUAGGCGAUUGCUUGUCUCAUUCCCCGAAUCAGAAGAUGCAAUUGACGACAUUAAGAAAAUGGCAAGGCUCAAUGAUGAUAAUCGAAUUUCAGAAAUCAUUGACAACAAAGAAAUUGUUGCAUAUCACAAGGUUUGUCUUGCCUCCUAUAAAAUAAAAACGAGAAGACAAUCAGCGGAGCAGCAUUCACCAGGAUUUUGGCAUGAGAACAGAGAAUGGCACCAAGACGCUUUUGACUCCCUAUUUGCAUUUAUUGAGCAGGAAAUUAUUGAAAAAAGAGGAGUCGUGUAUCUGGCAGAUCUGCUUUUGAGAUACAAAGCUCUUUUAUUGGAGUUGAUGCCGGAUAGCAUGUCCGCUGAAGAUGUAACCAAUGUAAAUUAUUAUCGAAUAGAAACAUUAGAAUCGAAAAUCAUGAUUGCUUUUGGAGAGUCUCUAACUAUAGAAAAUUCUGCCGAACCGCAUCCAAAGAAAAUCGUUUACGUAAGAGACAUUACUACUCCGGAGUUAGCGAGUAAGGCUGCGAAUUUACGAACAAAGAAGAAUAAACUCGAACAAGCGGCGUACGAGUUAAGGAAUUGCGUCACAAACAUUAACGCCAAAGAACUUGCAGAUAAAUUAACAGCUGAAGAUGUAAUCCAGGAGGGUUAUAUUCCAGACCAACUAUUUGACUUCAUAUGCAACCUCAUCCGAGGACCUGACAUUCGUCGGAAGAAUAGCGAUGAAAACUUUGUCAAAAUCAAGUCAAUAUGCAGUGAUAUAAUUAAGGCUAUGACAAUGUCGAGUUGAACCAUGAAAACGUUUGAAGCUCGCUCUCGCCAUGAAAUCGUUCACUAGUUCGAAGAAAGUGAUUUCUAUAUU